ACUCCUGCCCGUACUGCCCGCGGCUUGCCCCGCGCCGUCCCGUCAGGCUCCUGGCCACGGGCGUGCCGCCAUGGCGGCCUCGUCGUCCUCGUCGACACCAGGACCGUCGCUGGCGCCGCCCAGGACGACUUUUGGACAGCCCACGGUCCAGCAGAUCAAGACUGCCGAGGUGCCGAAGAGGCUGCAAGAGGGCGAGGAGUUCAUCAAGUGGGAUGAGAGUAGUGGAGUUGGAACUCCCGUUAUUUUGCACAUCGAUGAAAAUGGCUUCUUCCUUUACUGGACUGAUCAAACCACCAAGGAGGUUUUGGAAGUACUGGAUUUGACAUCAAUCAGAGAUGCUAGGACAGGCAAAUAUGCCAAGAUUCCCAAGGAUCAUAAAAUUCGGGGUAAAGUGGAAAGCGGCAUGAAAGUGGAAAGCAGUAAAGCCGACACGCCAGAUUCAAAGGACAAAAGUAUCGUGGGGCCAAGCGAUAUGAAACUUGCCGGCAAAGGUGAUUCUGAAGAGGACAAAAUAGAUGAUAAGAUGUUAUCUAUAUGUCUGGAGGACUGCACAGUGACAAUUUGUCAUGGAAGUGAUUUUGUCAAUCUUACAUUUAUCAAUUUUUACACUUCCAAGAAAGAAAGUGCUCAGUUAUGGACAGAUGAGAUUACCAAGCUUAUAUUCAGCUUGUCCCUCCUGAAUAGUUCAACCAUGAGAUUCCUUAUGAAGGUUCAUACUAGACUGUGUCUGCAAGUAGACAAGGCAGGAAACAUUCCUGUCAAAAGCAUAAUAAAAUUUUUUGCAUCUAAUAAGGAAGACAAAAAGCGUGUAGAGGAGGCUCUACAGUCAGUGUAUGGUCCUAGUGUUACAAAGGAUAAGACGUCUGUCUUGAAUCCUUCUCAAUUCACAUUUGAGGAGCAUUUCUAUCCCAUUUACAAAAACCUUAUGCAGCGGACGGAAGUUCAAAAAAUUUAUGAUAGCCUGUGUAAUUCAUCCACAAAGAUGAUUGGAGUUAAUGAAUUUAUGCAGUUUCUAAAUGGAACUCAGCGUGAUCCUCGUUUAAAUGAAAUUCUUCAUCCAUAUGCUAAAACUCACAAUGUGCAGGCCUUCAUUGAGCAGUAUGAAAAAAAGAAAGAAUAUGUCAACAGGCAUUUGUUGAGCUUUGAUGCAUUUUUAAGGUAUCUCAUGGGUGAUGAUAAUCCCAUAAUUGCUGCUUCUAAGUUAGAAAUAAGCAAUCCAGAGUCUAUGGAACACCCACUUGCCCACUACUUUAUUAAUUCAAGCCACAACACUUACUUGACUGGUCAUCAAAUUACUGGAAAGUCGUCUGUUGAAAUUUACCGUCAGUGUCUACUUGCUGGUUGUCGGUGUGUUGAACUUGAUUUUUGGAAUGGUCCUAAAGACGAGCCUUGUAUUGUUCAUGGCUACACAUUCGUACCUGAAGUGUCAGCUAGGGAGGUAAUUGAAGCUAUAGCUGAGUGCGCCUUCAAGACAUCAGAAUACCCUGUGAUUCUCUCUUUUGAAAACCACUGUAAUAGAAAACAGCAAACAAAAAUUGCUGAGUAUUGUAGAGAGAUCUUUGGAGACAUGCUCUUAGAUGCUCCUCUGGAUUCUCAUGGCUUGAAAGGUGAUUCCCUUCCUCCACCAAGCCUCCUAAAGAGAAAGAUAAUAAUCAAAAACAAAAAGAAAAAGAAAGGAGAAACCUCCUCCGGAUCAUCAGAUGCUGAAACAAGUCCAGUAGCUGAAACUGCUCCAGGCGCUGAUAAGGGUCUAGGAGCACCAGCGGAGUCUGUUGUUACACCAUCAGAGGCUUCUCAAGCUGAAGGAACUCCAACUAAUGCGACAGAAUCAGCUGCUGUCAGUAGGGCCUCAGAAUCAGAAAGUUGUGAAAGAGACGAUGUCCCUUCUGAAGGUUCAAGUGUAGAGCAGAAACCUCAAGAAGAAGAUAACGCAGAAACUGAUGGUGAAAAAGAUGUAGCUGAUAAGAAAGAAGCUGAUGACUUUCCUGUGGUUGAAGACACUUCCUCAGAUGCAGCACGAGCUCCUGAUAAUAUGGAGAGUGUUACAUCACCUAAACCCUCCAAAGCGAGUAAUGGUGACAUAGUUCAGGCCAGAGCUGCUGUUCGAAGGAGACAAGCAAGUGGGGAUGAUGAUGAUGACAGUAGCAGCGAUGACGAUGCUGAAGCUGACAAACCUGAUAAGGAGAAAGCUUCCAAAACCAAGGAAACUGAGGCAGGCGAAGAAAUCUCUGCUCUCGUGAAUUAUGUUCAGCCAGUGCACUUCGUCUCCUUUGAGAAGGCAUUAGAGAAGAAAAGGUUUUAUGAAAUGUCAUCUUUUGAUGAGAAACAAGCUCUAAGCCUUUUAAGAGAGUACCCAACUGAGUUUGUGAAUUACAACAAGCGGCAGCUGAGUCGAGUAUACCCUGCAGGAAUACGAUUUGACUCUUCAAACUUCAUGCCUCAGCUAUUUUGGAAUGCAGGAUGUCAACUGGUUGCAUUGAACUAUCAAACUCUUGAUUUAGGAAUGCAGUAUAAUAUUGGAGUUUUUGAAAAUAAUCAAAGGUGUGGAUAUAUAUUGAAACCCGAAUUCAUGCGUAGAGAAGAUCGGCAAUUGGACAUAUUCUCUGACUCUCGUGUGGAUGGCAUUGUUGCAGGAACUCUGAAAGUUCAUGUCUUGUCAGGCCAAUUCCUCUCUGACAAACGAAUCAAUACAUAUGUUGAAAUUACUCUGUAUGGUUUACCAGCAGAUUCAUUACGGAAGAAGUUUCGAACAAGAGUUGUACCUAACAAUGGAAUUAAUCCAGUUUAUGUGAGGGAUGAUGAAAAGGAUGUACCGUUUGAUUGUAAUAUUGUAGUCUUGCCAGAACUUGCUUCUGUUCGUAUUGCUGCUUAUGAGGAAUCUGGAAAAUUGGGAAAACUGAUUGGUCACCGAAUCUUGCCGCUGGUUGGGCUCUGUCCUGGAUAUCGUCAUGUAACUCUACGAAAUGAAGCGGGGCAGCCAAUACUAGCUACACUUUUCCUGAUGAUAAAAGUGAAUGACUUUGUUCCUGACCAAUUUAGCAUGUUUGCCGAGGCACUUGCUAAUCCAACUGAGUACCAAAAUAAGUUGGAGAAACACAGCACAAUGCUUGCUGGGCUUACAGAAGAAAUUGAAAAUGAUGAUUUGGAGAAUGAUUCGCUUGGAAUUGCUCUUCCCAAAGCUCGACAUGGUGCUCAUAAUGGGGAUGGCAGCAAAAUUCUGUGUGAUAGAUCCAUGUCCGAUGCGGAUGAACCAGCUGGGAUGGUGAUACCCCCUAAACCCCCUAAAGGUCCAGGAUCCUUUGCUGGAUUACUUGGGCAGGCGGGUGUGGCAGCCAGUUCCGCUGCAGCCGGGGCAGCCGCAGGUGCCAGUGCAGCUGCUAGUAUCACGAAACGACACUCUAUUGCACCCACUGCACAGGCUGCUUCUGUCGACAAAGCAGGAGCUGUUGUGCGUUCCACCAGUGGGGAAAUCUCAAAUCUGCAAGAGCAAGCUAAAAAGGAGCUCACUGUUGAAACUCUUGAAGAACUCAUGAAAAGCAAAUCUGUUCGGGAGAAGAGACAGGAAAUGGACAAAAAGUUGGAGACAUUGCGAAAAAAACAUGAAAAGGAGAGAAGUAGACUUCAAAUUCAGCGGGGUUCUCAGGAAGCUGAGAAGUCGAAAACAAAGUUUUAUAUGAGCAACAAACUUGUGAAGCGCUUGUCUCGACAAAAUAUCUCUUCUGGUGUGCCAGAUGCGUCUUCACAGCAUGAAGGUGAAGAUGCCGAAACUGAAGGUUCACAGUCUGCCUUAAACGACCGAUUUAUGUCAGUCAUUCGAGAACAACUUUCACAAGAAAGAGAAUUGCAGAAAAAGUACCAUGAGAUGGUGUUUGCAUCUAUAACAAAGACUGUCGAGUCAUCUCAGGCAAAUCAAAUGAAAACAAUUAAAGCCCUACAAGACCGGGACACUGCAGAAAUGAUGCGUAGAUUAGAAGCGACUCGAAGGAAAGAAAUGAAAGAGCUUGCUAAGAAGCACAAAGAUCGGGAAGAGAUGGACAAGAUGAGAAGAGAACUGGCUAGUAAUGCUGUAGAACGGGGUGUAAGCGAAAGAGUUCGUUUAGAUGAAAUCUAUGAACACAAGAAGAAGGACUUGGAAGAAAAAUAUCAAUCUGUACGAACAUCUCUAGAUGCAGAGAAGAAGAAAGUGGAGGAUGCACUUCAACGUGAAUUUGAUGAACGCUUAACUAAUAUCAAAAGAGAAGUGCAGCUAAGAGAGAUGCAAAUCGCAUCAACCAGUGAUCCCCAUGAUGUACAGUGAUGAGAUUUGUCUUCAUAGAGGUCACUGAGCUGACCCUGUUGAUCUAGCAGACACAGGGAGCUUUGAGGAGUUGGAAACUCACCUUUGAAGUUAGGAUAAUCAGUAUUACAAGGCCUACUUGUAGUCUACGUACCGAAUGCAGUAGUCGGACGUGUUUCUUGAAACCUGAUUUCUUUCUCUUAAAGAACUUUCAUGCGUGUUUGGUAGUACAUCCUGAACGAUGUUUGUAAUUUAAUGUGUUUAACUGUGGUUUUAAGGAAAAAAACAUUUGCAAUUCAUUGCAAUGAGAAUUGCAAUGGAUAAUCUUUUAGAAGUGAUAUUAAUGCAUUAUAUUUUGAAUCUUACCUUUAUUGUGACCUGAUAUGUUAUUCUUUAUUUUCAUGAUUGAUAUGUAAGUGUUUUGAACUGUGGCAGUUUGAUGGCACAAACGGGAGAUCAAUUUUCUUCAGAUUGAUGCCAGUUGCAGAUGCAAGUUAAAUCCUGAAUUGUUUGUGAUUCUUCUUCAUUGGAGUUAUUUUAUUAAUGUUAAUUCUGUGUUGUACUACUAGUCCUAUCUUUGCUACCAAGUCUGAUGCAACCAAUGCACAAUUCACUUGAUAAUUAUGAAUGGAUUCAGAUGUGUGGUUUCAACAGUAUUGUAUUAAGUCUCCCCCAUCUGCAUCUGGCUCUUCUGUUGUUGAAAGCCAAGAACAGAGUGGAUGAAAGAUAUCCCUGGCAUCCCAUUUGUUUUAAAAGCAAUGGGAUGUCUUCAAACAAACAGUGAGUUCAAAGAUUGUUGGUAGGAUGGAUUGUGUAUAAUUGUUGGUGUUAAGUCUUGUGGUGCUCAAAGUAAGAUAUGAUAAAUCAUAAUGUGCUUGUUAGAGAGCAAUAUCAGUACAAGCACUGACUUUGGAGCAUUAAGUUUCAAUGAAUCUUACGCUUAUAAUCCCCUUGUAAAGUGCAAAGGGACUUACCAUUAGUUACUUAAUUAUUACAUUACAAUUAACUUCUUUGCAUUAGUGUUGAGCCAGUAUCCCAAUUAAUUUUUUAAAAUAAAUCAUGUGUCCAGCACAUCACAAGGUGUAAUUUGCUUUUAAAUUGCCACUCUAAAUGUGAGAUUAGUUUCUUUAUUUCUUUAAUGUUGUCUUUGAACGAUAGUUAUAAAGUCACCUUUGUAAGCCAUGUUUAUUCCUGGUUUUUAUUUUUGCCAUUGUCGAUCUCUGUAUUUAAUCACUGUAUUCUGUUGUGGAAGAGUGUGUUUUCAUUUUAUGGAAAACUUGGUAUUAAUUUGUGGUUAUUUGCCAAAUUUUAUUCUUUUAAUUUCCCUGAGAGGCUGCGUGCAAAUACUGCGUCACUACUUAAGAAGGGGCUCUGAUGACGAAGGGGAGGGGGAGAGGGUCAAGGGUGGAAGGCUGCUUUAAAGUGGUGACAUGAUAUUUGCAUGCCACCAGAUGAGGCAGUAUCAUUACUUGUACAUGGACAAACAUUUGAUUUUGCUACCUUUGUGCUGAGUGCUAUUGCAGUUGUGGGUCUCAAGGAUGUUUUACUAACAAUAAAAGAUUGUUUUGACUUGGUAGUGUAAAUAACUGCCAUGAAGAAAAUAAGAAUUAUUUGUUUUAAAUUAGCAUUUGGCUUUCUUUGUACAUGUUUCAUUCAUGUCUGUUUGUGAUUCAGUGUUAUGGGUUUUGCUUACAUCAGAAUCAACUCUCAAUGGUGUUAUUUGUAAAUAUAUUGCAAUGGUGAUGCAAGGUGCAUACUUAAGGAAUUAUUUGUUGUGUAUGGCUCGCCAUUUUUUGAAAGAAUGCUAGUUAGUUUUUACUUCCAUAUGAUGUUGUAACUCUUCUUUAAGAGUGGCAAUACAAGAAAGGUCAAAAUAAUGAUAGCUAGUCAUAAUAUUUUUCUUCAGUAGGGUGUUUUAUCCCAUGUAACUUUAAGCUGGUGACGAACAAAUACUUAUGAUACAGAAAGGAAACACCACUGUUUUGUCUUACACCACCUAAGAUUCUAAGUGCACUUCUUUGUAGUUUGAGUAUUGUUAUAAGCCCAGUUCUUAGAUUUGGAGCAAAUUAUAUUGUUAUGUUGCAUUGUUGUAUUUGUUUUGUUCUUGUUUAUUUCUUCUAAUGUGAGAUUUUUUAAAUGGUAGCAUGGACUAUCUUCUGUCAUUAUUGGAAGUGUUUGUAUGUUUCCCUUUGAAAUCAGUGUGCUAAUGGUGCUGCUAUGGAGUGAAUUACUGGUUGUAUUGUCAUGUGAUAGCAAGAGGAGUGUUGUCAGUAUUUCACGCCACAAUUUUUUUUUAAUAAUUUGCCAAAAUGUUUGUAUUCUAUUGAGGUGCCUGUCCCUGUCAUAUACUCUUCGAUACCUGUUUGACUCUGAUUCCCAUUUGCAUCACUGUGUAUUUCCUUAGAUUUAAAGAAACUGCAGUUUUGUGGACACAUUUUUAUUGAUAAAUCUCAAUGUUGUUGUUACAUGUACGCUGCCAUUGGCACAAUGAAUUAAGGCUUUCAAAAAACUUCUGAUUCAUUUCUUUAACUGACAAGUUAUUCAAUUCAUUGAACUCUGAAAAAGGGGAAACUUUUUUUUUUUUAUUUACAUUCAAUGACAUGGGUUUGUUAACAAAAAGAGAUGAAAAUAAUAAUUCUGAAAACUGUAUACUACUUUCUCACAGAUUUUAUCAUAACAAGAGAUGAGGAGUAUAUGAGACAUGCUACUCUUGUGUAAUAAUCAUAUGCAAAUGAAUGUUACAACCUUAAACUAGAUUCUGCCCUUCAUUGUUAAAUUUAUUCCUUUUCCAGUGAUCAUACUUUGUAAGUGAUAUUCUGAAGGAUACUUUGUCAUUUGAUGUUAUUCAUGACUCUUUAUUCUUUGUUAAUAAAAGUAUUAUCGCCAAUUUUUCUUCACUGGGAACUGACCAGAUUGGUUGAAGUCUCUGCGGUAAUUGGGAGUGAAGUAAUGUUUUCUUUAGGGUUUAUGUUAUUACAAGACUGUUAAAUCAUGCAUUUGAUUUGCUGGGCUCAUUUUUUUCGUAUCUAAUCUUCAGUCAUUAGUACUCAACUUUUCCACUCUAGAAUGUCAGUUGUGACAUGUUUGGGGCUUGUUCUUAACAAUGCUUGCUGAAGUGUAUUUGUUGUUUUAAUGUGGUCUAAGGUGGUUGUACUGUUGGUUACAGGAAGUAGUUUGUGUAGUGUGGCUGUAGAUUGCUUGUAUGAGGACCCUAUAAAUUGUUGAAAUGAACUCUUCGUAUUCGUUAGCCAGACAAUCAAUUGUGUAAUUGUAAUUUAAAGAAUUUGUUACGGUGGUACCAUGUGCCUAUGAAUGAAGGUUAAAAGAAAGAGUGUUUAUCUGAAGUGUUGCAAGUGAAGGUGCUGAUUUAUAGAUCAAAUAAUUUACCACAUCAAGUGUCUAGUUUGGCAUAAACUUUGGAAAUUUUGUGUCUGGCUGCAUUUUUCAGUCACGAGUGAUUAAAAUUUAGUUGUUGAUAGCUUUUUGAAAAGCCAAAGUUUGUAAUAAAAACUUAUCGUCUAAUUUAAUGUAGUGUUUACCAUAUCUACUAAAAAGUAUUUCAAUGUAUAUUCUUCUGGUCUUGGUUUGAUAACCUCAUCGAAUCAGUUGUAUGUUCACAGACAUUCCCUUGCCUUUAACAUGUGUCCGAUCAUUUAACAGCCCUUUACUUGCAGAACCAACUUAACCCUAUGUUUGUGGCCACAAGAUUCAAGGGGGGAAAAAUAAGAAGAGGCCACCAACCUAGGAUGGUAUCCUCUUUCUCUUAUGUAAUUUCAUACUCUGAAGCGGUAUGUGGACUUAUGAGCCAAAACCUCUGUGAGUACUCUGUAUUUGCAUUCUAAGUGCUGUCCCUUGCUGCAUACAUAGGACUGUGUGUUCUCUUCUUACUCGUAGUUUCAGGUAAGAGUAAGUGGUGUAGGGCCUAGUCACACUCAGUAAGGUUUAUUCCAUCAAUUAAUCAUACCACAAUGCUCAGCUCCCUUAACACAUCUUGCCACUGCACCUCUCUCCUUUCACUCAUCUCCUGCAUACUUUGUGACAAAGUCCCCUGUAUGCUUAGCCACAGCUGUUUAUUUAAUAUUUUGUUUUACUGUUUUGGAUGUCGUGAGUUUGUGUUCAUUUACAAUUGUUUAAUAUUAUUUAUUUAUUUAUUUUGAAGAAAAGGAAACGGCCUACUUCCCUUCCCUCCCAAUAAUCUGUACUAUCUUGUACUAGUUUUCCCACAGAAUACACCUAGAAACUCCAAGGUCUCUCACUAGCGACUAAGAAGUGUCUUAGCCACAGCUUUCCUAAUGCUGUUAUCAUUUUGUGGGGAAUCUAAUGAAAAAGAGAAACCACUCCACUGGAGAAAAAUUCAUGCUUCAAGAUAGAUCUGAUCCUUAGUUCUUUUUUAUUAUCUUUUCCUUGUUACAGCUGCAUUUUACAUCUUUUGGUUUUCAAUUCGAACUACCCAACGUAAAUUCACAUCUCUUUUAUUUGUUACAAAUGCUACAAGACUGCUGCAUUUCUUGUGGGGACCUUGGGUGUUGUGAGUUUUGUGAUGUUAAUUUCUAAACUGAUUAUUUUUUAAGAUUUAUUGUGUUAUAUAUGCUCAUAUGUCUGUAUUUUUGUCUGAGAUGUAUUUGCCAUCAUUGCUGCUUCAUUUUCAUUGCUUGUUUGCAGCAGAAACUUAUCUCGAUUUGCCUUGAAAUAUUUUGAUGUAGGUGUGCCUACAUUCUGUUGCUCAAAUGAAAUGCAAAAAACAAAACAAAAAAAGACACAAAGAAAGUUUGUUUCUUGUUUGCUUAAACAUUGCUUUGUUUGAUGCAGCAGCAAGUUCUUCUUUCUCCUUAUGUAUCAGUUCCUUUCUGUGACCAUAGACACUGGAAAGAAAUAUUUCUCCUUUUUUGUUCCAAAAUAACACCUUGUCCUGUUCCUGGGAAGUAAAUGAACGUCUUGUAUGUGGGUUAUAUUAAUCCACCUUUGUAUAGCUAAGAUAAAUUAUUCAGAAAUUAUGAUCUUCCAUAUUAGAGCUUCCUUUUCUGUACUCGUUUGAUUUAGGGCUGAUUUUAGGCUUCCAAUGUAUUCAGUACUAAUCAAAUGAGACAUCACUGUACUUACCAAAUCCAUCAAGUUCUACCUGAGGUUUAUUCUCCUGGUUAGUCAGAGACAAAAAUGAUUAGGUAUGUCUUGAAAAUUAUGUUGUAUUUUAUGGGAACAGUAUUCCAGUAGUUCUGUCAGUUUAUUACUGUUUUCUUUUUCAAAAUCUACCUAUAUACAAAUAAUCAGCGUUAUUAAGUGCAGUAUCGGCACCUUUUGCAUAUCCCACUUUUCAGGCUAACACUUAACCCUUUCUACCUUUGUUUUAAGUUUUGUGCUGUGGCUGUACCUUUAAAAAUGCCCCAUCUCCCAUGGAAGUGUCAGGUACAUUGUUUUAUUGUGAUAUACUGAGCAGUGGCAUUUUAAGUGUCUAGUUUAGAUUUUUUUAUCUGUGUUAUCCGUGUUAAUUAUUGUAUCAAUUAAUCUCGUUUCUUUCAUUCUUUUGAAGACAGCAGUUGGUUGUAGAUUUGCUUAUGGUAUGUUGAGUGCUUGAUUAGCAAAUAGUUUAGUUUAUUUGGUGGAAAGGGAGGUCACAUAACUUCAUGAUGUGAUAGCCUUGUAGAUCAACCACACAAAAUCAUAUUUGCUAAGUAGUUCAACAGUUCAAAGGUUUUCUGCUAGUUGGGUUUAUUUGGUGUUUGCUCAAGCUACUCUGUAAAGAAUUGCUCUCAUGUGGUUGGUUUCUCACUUGUCUUGCCUAAUUUCUAAUUCUGAUUGAUUUAUAUCCUUUCUUAUCGCAGGCUUCUUCUAUUACUUUUCUCUAUGUUUUGAGGUGCCAUUGUGUGAAAAAGACAAUGCAGACUCAAAAGUCUUCAUUAGUUCCGACAAUACCUGAUCUGUGUUGUGUUUAGACAUCUGAGACCAAAACUUAUCCUUGUCACGUUCUUGCCUUCUAGCAUUUGACUCAUCUGAUUUCAUGACUUCCCAAGAUCUAAUGAAUUUGGCGUUUAUAAAUUCCAUUGAAUUCCUAACAAGCCCACUCUAUUCCAGUGAAAACGCCAUUCAGUUUCUGUUGCAGUGAGAUGUCAUGUCAAAAUGUGUGCAAAGCCAAUGAUUAAUGAUAAAUUGUUGUUCUAUGGUUGAAGAAAGUGUGCGAAUUGACGAUUUAAGUGCUGAAGACAUAAUGGUUAUGUAAGAAAACAAGUCAUAGAUUUAGGAUCAGUAAUAAAAAAAGGUACUUAAAUCGAUCUGAAUUGUAAUUGUUAUACUUUAGGUAUUCUUGGUGUGAAGUGUGUUAAGCAUGCUGUGUAGAAAAAAGUAAGUUGGCAAAAUGUAAGAUUGGUCACAGGAAAUUUGUGAUAGUAUUUACAGUGGAGAGCUUUGUGCAUGAUGGGUAUUUGAGGUGCAUGUUGGUAAUUUAUAUUAUAAACUGCUUGCAGUGAUUUAGUAUGACCUCUAUCACACGAUUUUUUUUCUUGAAGCUCAAACAACAUAAUGGUAACAGAAUUCAUUAAGAGACCUGGAAGUAUGCAGCCAAAUAUUUUCUCUCCAUAAAUUUUUUGAUCCCAGGUACUCAAUGAUGAAGAGUGAGUGAUUCUUUUUAAAUGUUUUGAUCACAAGAUUUCUUAUUCAAAUUGUUUGUAAAUAUUUGUUUGGUUAAACAGGUGACUCAUGUUUUGUGCUAUCAUAGAAUUGCUGUUCACCAAAUUAGAAUCGUACCUUGUGACUUCCAUAUAACCAUCUAUGUUGUCUUUAGAAAAGAUUUGGAUUUUGUUAUUAGUUUUAUGUGGAACCCACAUUCCCCUGUUAAUGACUUUCAAAGACUUGUUACUUACGGUUAUUGUGUGAUAUAAAAUUUGCAGCUUUCCCUAUGUUGUUUUCUGCUGAUAGAAGCAGAUUCAGCUCUGUAACAGUUGGUUAGUUGCAAGCAAUAAAAUGCUCAUGUGGAGCACAUGUGAA